UUAUGACGAACAGGGUGGAUCGGUGAAUGGAAAGAGCGGGGCCCAAGGUGAAAGGACGGGGACAUAAUAAUCAGGGGGCGGGGCGGAGUGUUGUGGGCGAGGCCGCAACCCAACGCGAGCCCCGCCCUUCACGGUGUUGCUCCCGCCGCCGAUCUAUCGAAAAGGCUCUCCGGCCGCCCCGCCCCGCGGUGACGUCAAGAGGCCGACCGUUGGCCUUCGAGGCUGAGCGUCAAACGCACCCUUUGCGCCCCCCCCCCGAAGAGAUUGGUCGUUGAGUUCGGAACGCUGGUACGGAGCAUGCGUCUUGUCGCGUGCUCCUUGUGGUGAGGUGGAGCGGCUGCAGUGGGUGGGCGAAGCCAGGAGACCCUUAUCUAGUUAAAUAACCGAACACUAACCCUCCUCCUUCAGACUUUUUACUUCGAGGGUCGAGAGCAUCCCCGCCAGGUCUUCCGUCAAAGGUUCAGGUAUGGACCUGGACGUCUCCCUCAUGGUCCACUGUCCGUUCGCGGGGGGGCUGACCCAAGAGCGCGUACAUGUGGAGAUUUCUGCUGAGUACAACCGCCAGGUCCUCCUCAGCCAUGAGCAGAAGAUUGCCGACAUCUGGCGGCAGAGGAAGCAGGAGAAGCCCUGGCUGUUCAACGGGGCCAAGUUCCGCAUUCACUCGGCCCAGCUCGAGUGCGGGGAGCUGCUGCUGAGGCUGGGCCUGACCUGCUACAAGGACUACCUGGGCACAAACUGGGCGCCCGAGGCCCGGCUGCUGCAGGAGCAGGGCACGGCAGACUUUGGCAACAGCCAGGCUUACCUGGCAGAGCCUCUGGGGGUUGGAGCGAUGCUUCACACAGCUGAUGACUGCUUUGUGUUCCUGAGGAGGAGUGAACAAGUUGCCGAGGCCACAGCACAGGUGGACAUUCCAGGAGGACACCCAGAACCCAAGGCAGCCGCAAAAGGAAUUCCAGAAGAUACCAUUCAAGUGGAACACUUAUCGGGGGAGCUGGUUGUUCAGGAAAUAUUUUCCUCUAUUUUGGGCGAGAUCCGAGAUGAGGUCAAUGUUCCUCUGGAAAGUUUAAGCAGACCUUUGCUGCUGGGAAUCGCACGGAAUCACAGAAGCGCAGGACGACCCAGUGCGGAAUUUUAUAUCCGGUGCGAGCUGACAUCGGAGGAGGUGAGGCAGCGGUAUCUCAUCGGAGGAGUUGAGGCCCACGAAUCGACCAGCAUCAGCUUUGUCCGGCGAGAGGAUGUCCUAAAACUUGAGGAGGACGUGGAAGGCUGGCAAGAGCUGUGCCCAUCGGCCAAGGGUGCCAUCAAGCUGUACACGCUUGUCCGCCCGUCCCGGGCAUCUUGAUCCUUCUCCGAAUGGAACUGAAACCGGGACACGAGACCAUAAAUACUGUUUGGGAAACAGCAUGGCCACACGUCCUGCUCCAGGAAGGCACAAAGGACCGUGGACAUUUUUCUGGGUGGUAGCGGGUGGCAUCUGAACCUGUCAGUUUGUCUCUCUCUUUCUGCUUUGGUGGCCGGGGUACACUGUCUCCAGGAUCUCUGCUGCUGGACCCAGCCAAAUGAUAAAGAGGCCGUUCAGCCCAUUGUGCCUGUGCCAGCUCUUCAGGUGAGCAUCAUUACCCGGCUCCAGUCUCCUGCCUUUUGCCCGCCUCAAACCCUUGUACAUUAUUUUUAUCCAAAUAAUCGUCUUGAAUGCCCCACUUUAAAGCUGCCCCUAUCCCCGUUUCCCAUGACUCGCAAAGCGGAAAGGUUCUUUAUCACAUCGCCCUUCCUGCUUUCGUAAGGCACUUUACAUCUACAGCCUUGUCCCAUUCUUGUUCUCUUUACAAGUGGGACCAGCCUCUCCCUAUCGACUCUGUCCAGCACACCCAGCCCGCGCCCCCCCCAACAAAAACCUCUCUCAGAUCUCCGUCUCUCAGCCACCUUCUCUCCAAGGAGAACAAUCUCAACGUCUCCAAUCUACCUUUGUCGCUAAAGUUUCUCAUCCCUGGAACCAUUCUUGUAAAUCACUGCUGCAUGCUGUCUGGUGUGUUCCCGUCUUCCUGCUAAUGCAGUGACCUCAAGGCUACACAUUUGUCCAGCUGAGGUCUAAGCCGAACAGUUGGAGGAAUUGGGGAACCGAAGCAUACUCUGGCCUCCAGGCCCUGGAUUCAGAUCCAGGCUCCUCUUGCACUGGGGGCCUGUCAAUUUUCUUUUUUUUUUAUUGUGUCGGGUGUUGUUGGCUGGGCCAGCAGUUGUUGGCCAUUCCUCAUUGCCUCUUGGAAUAAGUGGCUUGCUGAGCUAUUUCACUCGCAGGAUUGCGGGGUGUGGGGAAGAGUUAAGAUUCACCCAUGUCUCUGGGGUUCUGGAGCCACAUAUAGGCCCCAUCAGGUAAUGCCCUUUUCCUAGAGGGAACCGAGUACAAAACUAUCGAGCAAUGAUAGUUGUUGUUAUCGAGAGCGUAAAUUCACUGGUUGCGUCGGUCGGAUUUGAACAGUCUGGGCCUGUGGAUUGCUAAUCCAAUUAGCAAACUGCAAUGCCUCUGUUGCUGCUGCCUUGCCAGCUCUGAGUGCCUCACUAUGGUUUGAAAAGUGCUGAUGGUUCCCACCAGCCAUGUGCUGCUUCUC